AUGAGCUCCCUCGAUGAUGCAAACCCCGUCGAACGGGAAAACGCCGAGUCACCUCGCAUCCUGUCCCAGUCGGUCCUUGAUUGGGCGUCGCCCGAUGAGGAGCGUGACAAUCCUGUCAAACUCGAUGGAUCCGGUCAUCCUCUUGCAAGCUUCAGCGAGCUGCGCACCCAGGAAGCCAACAAGAAGCCCGGUAACUGGACCGUCAACCAUGCGAUUCAUGUGGCCAGGUGGGAAUCUUACCAGGCCGGGAACAUGAAGGCUUUCCAACCGUCGUCGCGCGACUGGCUACUUCUUUACACUAUCUCAAAAUUGAAGGUGAUGCACCAAAUACACUAUUGCGCCAAACGUGGGCUUCAUGCUGGCUUCGCGGAAGCGUCUGCCAAGCUCAUUUCUGAACUAGAUAAUGCGGCCUGUCGCGCUGUCAUUGCCCUUCAAAAUGGAGGAUACAGUAUUUUUGAAGGAAUCAAAGCCCAUUGGGAUGAGAACUUUCCCGAGAAGCACGACUUUCUGGCUGCUCAGUUUUCUACGCCUACAGGGGUUCUUCCGAACAGUUUGAAGAAAAAUCUCAAAAAACUAGGUUGCAGCAACUAUUUGGAGUUUGACAAAAAGGCUCCUCCAUCCAUUACAAAAGAAGCCGCUCAGAAGCCGGCCGCUGAGGCGGACAACGAGGCAGAGACCUAUGUUACCCGAAUUGUCAAUGCUUCGCUCUCCAAGCAGAUGAAACUCAAAAACAGCUCCGUGCAAAUGAUUCUCAACGAAGCGAUUGAACAGAGGUGCCAAGAGUCGAUUGCAUCUUCUGUGGAGAAGAAGCGAAAGCGCGACGACACUAUCGAAGGCCGCAUCGCCGCUCUCGAGAAGCAGCGCAAGUUCGAUUACAGCACCAUCGAAAGUCGUGUCGAAGCCGCCGUUCAGGGACAGGCAGCCCCAUACGAAGCGCUCCUAGAUGAUCACAUGGAGAUCUUAGACCAUCUUGUCCAGGGUCUCACCAACUUUGAAGGCUUGGCCGGCAAGGUCAAGCGCCUCAAAGAGAGGCGUGCCCGGUUGAAGCCUGCCACUACUCAGGUGCCCGUCUUUCCACAGGGCGAGGACGUGGGCAACCACACUGAGUGA